GGCGGCGGCGCGCAGCGGCGCGGAGCACGGGCAGGCGUCCUCUCCCCAGCGGCGGGCAGCAGCCUGUCCCGAGCCCCAGGAAGGCUUCUCGCCGCGGAGGAGGGCAUCGGGGCCGCCCCCAUGGGGUGCGGAGGCGCGGUGGGGCUGGCGGUGCUGGCGGCCGCCGCGAUGUGCGGGGCAGGGGCGCUCGCCGGGCGCGUCCUCAGCGGUCAAAAAGUGUGCUAUGGUGACUUCAAGCGUUCUUGCUACAAGUUAGCUUAUUUCCAGGACUUAUCUAGACGUGUGGGCUUUCAGGAAGCCCGCCAAGCUUGUGAAAUUGAUGGUGGGGCUUUACUGAGCCUAGAAAGUGAAGCUGAGCAGCAACUGAUAGAAAACAUGUUGCAAAACCUCACUAAAUCAGGCUCUGGAAUUUCUGAUGGUGAUUUCUGGAUUGGAUUGUGGAGAAGUGAUGAUGGACUAGCCACCUCGAGUACUUGCCCUGACCUCUACCAAUGGACCGAUGGAAGUAUUUCACCAUUCAGAAAUUGGUAUACUGAUGAGCCUUCCUGCGGAAGUGAAGCCUGUGUUGUGAUGUAUCAUCAGCCAACUGCAAACCCUGGUCUGGGAGGGCCAUACCUCUAUCAAUGGAAUGAUGAUAGAUGUAACAUGAAGCACAAUUUUAUCUGCAAGUAUGGUCCAGAUAAUGUCUUAGAAAAAGAACUAGGAGACAGAACGAAGCCAGAUUACGAUAUUUCUCCAACAGUGUCAGCAGGAAAUCCUUAUGACACAAGCAAACCAGAAGAUCAGUAUCAUAUAAUUGCUACAGAAACAGGUAUAAUUCCAAAUCUAAUUUAUGUUGUCAUACCCACUAUACCACUACUGCUGUUGAUACUGGUGGCUUUUGGGACUUGCUGUUUCCAGAUGCUUCAUAAAAGGGAAGCAAGGAGAAACUGCUUCAAAGACCCAUCUCCAUUAUCAUCUGAAUGCCUUGCAGAAAGUUUAAAUUCCAACUUGUAAAGGAAGAACAAAAACCAGUCCAAACCAGUCCACACUAUGGAUUUCAAAGACGCCUAGGAAGGACAGUAGCAUGGAGGUAUAAUGAUUUACUGACUGAAAACGAAGCAAAAAUAACUUUUUGCAGUCAGGCUGUAUUAUGUCGUCAAAGACUGUUAGCUUGGAAUGGCUUGAAAUGCAAAGGAUCCACAAGAAUGAACUGUAAGCUCCCCCUUGAGGCAAAUGUUCAGUAAUUUUUAUAUAAUACUUGAUUACUAAUUCAGCAACAAAAUAUGCCAUGCAAAAUAAAGGGUAUGUGUUUAUUUUGCUAAGAGAUGCAAGUUAGCUAGUUGUGAGCAAUGAAAUGAACAAAGCAUUUGGAAUUUUUAUGGGGAAAUAGCCACAGUGUAUAUCAGUUUUAAGGUUGUUUGUAGUGAAACAAGCUCUCUUUGUUUCCUUUACUCUCUCAUGCAUUGUAAUGUAGUUGAUGUACUGUAAAUGGAACUGACAAUUUUACAGUGUAACGAUUAUUUAUCUUUGCAUAAAUGUUUGAUACAAAAUAUUUGUUUAGUAUUUAUUUGCACGCAACACAGUUUUUGAUCCUCAGACACAAAAAAUUAUUUUAUUAUGUAUUAACAUGGUUACUAGCAGAGAUAGGCACCAUAUUGUGACAGAGAUCUGAUGUGGCAAAAUUCCAGGAUUCAUAAAAGAUAUUUGAUGUCAUAUAAUUAAUCCACGUUGCCAGGAAAAGACCGUAACUUUUUAACAUAUUAGUCAACACUUGGCAAGUGAUAUCUCAUUAAUGAGAUGUCCUUUUAAGGCAGCUAUUAGUUGUUACUUAAGUAAAAUAUUUUUACUUUUUCUGACCAAAAAAGUAAUAUCACAAUGGGCAACAUAAGAUUAAAAUUACUUGUUUCAGUAAAUCUCUGUAAAAAGACAUUAAAUAUUAUUUAAAUAUAGCUAAUAGAUCGUUAGGAAAAAUGUAAAGUUGAAUCAAAGAAAAGACAAAUGGCUUUUCUUGGAGGUGGAAGUAAUAGAUUGAUCCCAGCAUCACUCAGGCUGUUAGCUAGAAAAGCAUUAAUAAUAUUAAUUGAUAGACAGAUUUAGAGGUAAGCUUGAGGCAUUUAAAUUCUUCUUUUAGAGUUAUUAUUAACAUCAUUAAAAUCCAUUCCCUUUGGUUCCUUAAGAGCUUUCUGUGCCAUAAGAAUGUUUUUACCAGUCAUUAGGAAUGGAUCUUGGGGUGGUAGCAAUAGCAGUCUGACUAAUUAGUUGGUGACAGUCUGAUGCUGUGGUAGAUAUGAGAUUGUGCUGCAGCUGCAGAAAGAGUUCAAGAGCAUGAAUUCAAGCUAGAUGGCUUUCCAUUAACACAGAUGCAAAACUACUGCUGGGUGAAAGUUGGGGAGAGCUGGACAGAAGCAGCAGCAUAUUAUUUUUUGGUUUGCCCACACUGUGCUAGUUGAUGCUGACCACAACUUUGUACUUCAAAAACAAAUGUGUAUGAAUUUUUCUGAGUAAAGAGGGGAAAAAAAGCAUUUAUUAAAAUUCAUUACCACUGAUACAACUUGUGCAAUGCUAUUGACAAAGCACUUUUGGAAAAAUCUUAAAGUUGCUACUCUGCCCCGUUUUUGCUUCCUCUUUGAAGAAGACAACUUCUUUAGUUCAGGUUAAGUAUUGCUAUUCCUACUUACAAUAUUCUGUUGUUUUUCCAGUCGGUCACAAGUUCUUUCUUUGCUCAGUCCCUUACUUCAGUUUACUUUGCCGCGAUUGCAAAUAGAGAGGUAACGCUAUGAUCCUGCAUGAUCACCAAGACCAAAACUAUUUUUCUCCUUAUUUAAAUACUACUUAACUCAACUGAGAGCAAGAUUCCUCUUUCUGGGAAAGAGCUGCAGUAAAAAAAAUUGGGUUUUUUAUAGUCUUGAAAGAUUAACUCCCUAAAUAAAAUAGGGAAGGAGAGUGAACAUUUACAAUAAAACUAUUUCUUGAUACUUAGUGCUUCCAGAAAACAUGUAAAGGUGUAGCAAUCAAUUUUCUGAUUAAUGCAGCAGAAGUGACAGAAGUAAUUUCCAAGUCACAAUUAGUAGGACGCAAAUACCUUCAGAUGUCUUACUUGCAGGGUAAAGGCAAUUGCUGGGCAGUCUUAAACACUGUGUGAAGGAAGAAUGGAAAGUGGCACACAAUGCUUUUAGCAUGAUGAACUUGCAUUCUGUAUGUGAAUAAGAUCUACUGAUUAUUGGGGUAAAAUAUUUCCAUGUCAUAUCACUUGCAAAGCGGAAUCAAAUAGUUCCCUUCCAUGUAUUUUCUUUGCUUAGGAUGUUGUUUCUAGAUACCAGGUAAAAUCUAAACUAUCCUAAGAAUUCUCUGGAGAGGACUACAAAUAGAGCAUAGAUCAAACUUAUAGGCUUAUGACUUCCACCGUUAAGUAGGUGAUUCUGUUACAUGCUAAAACAUACCAACCUCUUACAUACAGAAAUUCUUUCAUCUUUAUUUCCCUUAUUUCCACACACAAAAGGAAAAUAAAGGGGAAAAAGGGUAAAAGAGGAACGGAGGAAAGAGGGAAAAGAUAAGCAUUUCACACUUGCAGAGACAAUACCUAAAAAUUAGACUUCAUGCUGGUAUUUCCUCUGGGGCUUCCCAAAUUUUAUUGAGGCUUCCAGAAAAACAAGAGGUAUUUCCAGGGCAUGGUCCAUUAGUGGCAACAGAACUGCUAAAAAGAAAAACAACAAAAAAUUCCCAACAAAAAAACCCAAACCUCUCUGUUGUCAUAUUCCCAUUAAACUCUACCGAACAGAGAAAGGAAAACAAUAUUCAAUUUCAGAUGACAGAUUCCAUCCACUAGAGUCACUUUGAAUAAACUAGUUGGCUUUUAUGUACAGCUAUGGGAUCUCCUCGUAGUGACCACAUUCUCUUCUACUCACUGCCUCUCUAAAUCUCUUCCAAAUGGCAGCAGUAGGUUAGGCAAGGAACUGAAGGAUGAACAGUGAAACUUACCUAGUCUUCAGAUGGAUGUCAUGACUUCAGUCUGGCAUUUUAUUAAACAUUAUAUUCCCACCAUCCUUAUUUUCACCAAGGAAAAAUCUUUUUUCUCCAUGAUGAUAUUGGCCUUUUGGAAGGAAGAAGCACCUGAGAGAGAACGCUCAUUUCCUUCUUUAAUCUAAUAAACUUUUUUCGAUGCAAGCAAGUGUAAGUCAGCAUCAAGCUUCCACUGUCUAUUUCAAAGCUUAAGCUGGUCUUAGUUGGAGGUGUCCCUGCUCAUGGUGGGGCAGUUGGAAAGAUGAUCUUUAAGAUCUCUUCCAACCCAAACCAUUCUAUGAUUUUAUGAUCUGUGAUUCUAUGAUCUUGGACCUGUGAUUCAAUUGAAAAUAAUUUGUUCUGCCCACAUGUUUUAACAUAGUAAUGACUGCUUCUCCACAGGUUAAUGUGCAGUCAAAUGAAGUAAUAGGUGCUGAAUGAAGGCUAGAAUGUAGUCAACUAAGGUUAUGUUAGUUUUCUCUAGAUAUAAAAUAUUGAAAAAGAAUAUUUAUUUUUAAUUAUACUCUCAUAUAUUACAUAUAUGUAACAUAUUAGAGUAUACAUGUAUAUAUCAGACUUUAUAACAGGUAAAUUUUUAGUCUGAGUGGAUGAUUUAUUAAUGUAUACCUCAAAAUAGAUCUGUGCUUUCCAUUUUGGAAAGCAAAAAAUGCACAUAAAUAGAAGUACAUCACCGUGUUUCUGGGAAGCACGUUUUCUAGUCACUGAAUCUGCUUUGAGUUGUCUCUUGUAUUUCAUUAAGAGACCAAAACACAAUUUACAAUAGUGAUGUAUGGUAAAUAAUGCAAAAAUCAUGUCACAUUUUAAUUAAACAUUUUAAUGUAAUUACUUCAUCCAAAUCAAUUUACACUGAUAGCGGAAUGCACUUUCUUUUCAGUGGCUGUUUAGUAGUAAAAGAGCCUAGCAGCAGAAACAGUGGUCCACUAUCAGACAGGAACAUUUCAACAUUAAAAACUGUGGUUUAUACUAAAAAAAAUAUCUAAAGCUCCUUUCCUUUUCUCUCUGGCUUAAUUACAUCUGUCUAUGUUCCUUGUGGUCACAUAUCUAUUAAUAAAGCUAAAUGUUUGGUCUGGACCUAAUCCUCUAACGCUUAUGAAGGCCUGAAAGCAGUUUGGGACUUGAUAGUUUUUAUCAGUGACUGCCAUCCUGUGUUUGUAAGCUAGCCUUGUAUUUUGGGCACUUCAUAUCUACAUUUAGCCUUGUAAGUGGCAAGUGUGGGAGCUCCUUACCAAAAUCAUACAUCUAUGUGUAUAUGUGUAGAUUCACUGUAAGUUAGAAUUCAUUUUUAGAAUUCAUAUUUUCAUGCAGUAAUUUUCAUUAAAAAUAUAUUAAAUUCCUACACUAUGCUGAAAACAGAAAUAAAGAAAUACAUCAUAUCAUACUGAGGCCACUGAA